AUGCCAUGUGACGUCACACGCGGGUUUUAAGGCCGAGUGCCCCUGUCAGCUCCGCAGUGCCCGCGCGCUGGAGACCGGCGUGGAUACUAGCGGGGCUGGCCUGGAGGGGAGCGGGGAGAGCGCGGCUGACGGGAGAUAACCCAGCUGUGAUCCCCAAAGCGUGCAAUUUCAAGGUGGUCUCCCCGCCUCUUCUGUGAGCCCCAAGACCUGCAUCUUAGCUAGAGUUCAACAUGGGGAACCACUUGACUGAGAUGGCGCCCACCACCUCCUUCUUGCCCCACUUCCAGGCCCUGCAUGUUGUGGUCAUUGGGCUGGACUCAGCUGGAAAGACCUCCCUUCUUUACCGCCUUAAGUUCAAAGAGUUUGUCCAGAGCAUCCCCACCAAAGGCUUCAACACAGAGAAGAUCCGGGUGCCCCUGGGGGGGUCCCGUGGCAUCACCUUCCAAGUGUGGGACGUCGGGGGGCAGGAGAAGCUUCGACCGCUGUGGCGAUCCUACACACGCCGGACAGAUGGCCUGGUGUUUGUGGUGGAUGCUGCUGAGGCUGAACGGCUGGAGGAGGCCAAGGUGGAGCUCCACCGAAUCAGCCGAGCCUCGGACAACCAGGGUGUGCCUGUGCUGGUCCUGGCCAACAAGCAAGAUCAGCCCGGGGCACUGAGCGCCGCCGAGGUGGAGAAGAGGCUGGCGGUCCGGGAGCUGGCUACUGCCACACUCACCCACGUGCAGGGCUGCAGUGCUGUAGAUGGGCUGGGCCUGCAGCCAGGCCUGGAGCGCCUGUAUGAGAUGAUCCUCAAGAGAAAGAAGGCUGCCCGGGCAGGCAAGAAGCGACGGUGACCUGAGGCUGCCCCUCCUCACCAGUAGGGGUCUGCACACUUGGACAGCCAGGCGGAGCCUGUGGCCCCUCACUCAGCCCCAGGGUGCAGGACCUGUCCACCUCAAUGGAGGACCAAGAAGCACAACAGGGGUCCUGUUUGGGGGCAGCACGGGGGCGGGUGACGGAAGAUGGAAUGUGUUCUCACAUCUCUCCCUCAUCCUCACUUCUGGGGAAGUGGAGGCUGCAGGACUGUGGAGGCUUAAAUGUAAACUGACUCUACCUCGACCCUGUUUCCUGUUUUUCUUCUCUGGCUUUUUGAUUAGACGUGUUUGGGGGCAAAGGAAAGUUGCUUGGAGGAUGCAUUUGGAAUAAUGAGAACUAGCUCUUGGCUCCCCCCACCCCAACUGAGGGAUGCUUUUCUAGGGGUGCCAGUCAUAACUGUCUAUAUUUUUGUGUUUGUAUGAAAGUGCCAAGAAUCCCUCCAUCCCCCCUUUGUAGACUUAAUGACCAUUUUUAUAAGCCAUGUAUGUCCUCUGUAUAAUUAUUAACUAUUUUUUAGCAUUUGCCUAUAAGUUAUUAAAGACUGAUGAUGUUGUAGCUCUAA